AUGUCCAGAACUCCCGAGGACUGCAAGCGCCAAGACGGCGAUCAUGAACCAACGACUCCGACAAGCGGAGAGCGGAGGGAAUGCCCUACUUUGUCGUCUGGAGAUGAAGCCGCUGUCAGAGCCGCCACAGUUUGUGGGGACUGCCUGGCGGUCGCCCUCGGAGCUGCCACGACUGUUUCUCUCGCGCUCUUGCAGGCGGGCGCGCUUAUCGCUGAUGUUUGUUGGCGCGUUAUUAGCAAGUCUUGCUGCGACAGCGGCGUACCGAAUGGGCCGCCCCGGUACUACGUCCCCAGCAACCGGGUGGCAUACGUGUACGAGGAGCCUUUGCGGGUGUACGUCCCCCGCGCUGCCAGCGGGUACUACAGUGGCUCCACCAACACCUUCAUUCCCACGACGCCGUAUCUCUAA